AUGCCUCGCAGAAAAAUCGUCGACCACAACGGUGCGGGUGCCCCGAGCACAUCGUCAGCGACGGGCACACCAUCACGCCGCCUGGCGUCCUCCUCAGCUGCUGCUGUACUAUCAGAACGCUCGCCAUCCCCCGCCUCGUCCCUGGGAGGCAGCAGAAUCUCGAACCCUCCCUCGUCUCCGCAAAAACCACCGCCAGGAAGCAACCGCUCCAAACAGAUCCAUCCUUCUAUCCAACCCUCCAGUAUCGUGCCUGCCCGCGCGCCCUCCCCAUCGCUGUCCGACAUCUCCACAUCCGGCUCGGAAGGCGGCGACGACGGCGCACAAACAACACGAGACCAACGCCUGCGCUCCGCUUCACCCGAAGGAGACGAGCUGGCCGACGAAUCGGUGGCGCGCGAACCAGCCUCGACAGCCAACAACGAUGCCGAAGUCACCUGUCAGUGGAACGACUGCGGUGAGACGUUCAACAGCUUACAGCCUUUUAUCGAUCACUUGCACCACGAGCACAUUGGCAUCCACAAGAGCAAGUACAUGUGCGAAUGGACAGGCUGCAUCCGCAAGGGUAAACCCCAGACAUCGCGGUUCGCGCUCCUCAGCCACUUAAGGAGUCAUACAGGAGAAAAACCGUUUACGUGUCCCCGCCCGGAGUGCGAUAAGAGCUUCACGCGGUCCGAUGCGCUAAGCAAGCAUAUGCGCGUGCAGCACAACAUCAUCACUGCCGGGUCCAGGAGGGCGGCUGCUUCUUCUAUGGCUGCGCAGGACGAUGGCGCCGAGGACACGUCCGUUCUCGGUGAGGCCGGCGAUUCUGCGACGCCGGCUAAAGGAGGAGGUGGGGCCACGGGGGAUUCCUUGGGGGACGAGCUGCUCGAGCUCGCCGGUGGCGAAGGAUCCGAGUUCGGUCUGACAAAGGGUGUCGGGGGCGAGUCCAACCUGUACACCAUGACAGCGGAAGAACUCGGCAUCAAGGACAGGCUGGAGGAAAGCGAUGCGGACGAAACCAAACGCAGCGAAGCCAUCUUGGGAAGAGCACUGCGCACCUGGGCAAAGGACAUGCGCGAACGCGAACGCAGCCGCAAGCUCCGCGAUCCCCCGAUCCGGCCCCAUCCACCGCGCAACGGCGGCGGCGGUGGUGGUGGAGGAGGAGAGGCAGACGAAGCGGUCAAUGGUUCCUUUGCCGGUGUGAAGCGCGCUCGGGCGAAUGAUUACGACAGCGACUCGGGUGACUCGCUGCCCGAUGUAUCGGAGCUACGUCGAUCGCGGCGCAGCACGCGGUCUGCCUCGGCUGCCAAUGGAUCCCGCCGCCGCUCCUCGCGCUUCGACCCCGCCGACGACCCGGAGUCCUCGCCCGCAGCAGCAGGGGGUAACUCGAUGGAGGCCGCGCAGCUCGCGAUCCGCACCGCGCGCGCCCGGUACCUCGUCGAAAAGGCCAAACUGCGCUACGCGCGCGCAGAGAACGCACGCCUCUGGUCGCACCUGCAAGAGUUGCAGGCCGAGCAGCGCAUCGUGUCGCGAGACUGCACGAGGGCGUUGGAGCAGGCAUUGGUGUUUGAGCUCGGCCAGGACGUGGAUGCGAUCUUCACGCCGCCCGCUUCGCCCAAGGUUGCGCCGGCGGCGGCGGCGGUGGUGCAGGAGGAGGAGGAGGGGCAGGGGCAGGGGUAUGCGGGCGGCGGUGGCGGUGGCGGGUUGGAUCAGCAGCACGUGGGGGUUGUCGCAGGUUGA